AUGAGUCCGCUGGUUGGUCCAACUCGUCGAGUGAUCCUUCAUGUCCGUGACACCAUACGCACCGCCUUGAAUUCAUUUGGCACCUUCCGGGAGUACCCCUAUCGACCAUCGUUCGACCCCGAUGCAUCCGUUCCCACCGAAGACUUGGCCGACUUUGAUUGCCUAGCGGGCGACCCGUCCUCCUGUCCUCCAGCCGAGUCGGAGAACGCACCUCCAUGGCCUUUCACCAAUAUGACAACCUGGCGUUUCAUGCGCUGGAUGUAUACCGGCAGCUCGACCAAGUCGGAAGGAGAGGCGACCCGUCUUGUUGGAGAUGUCUUCCAGGCAGUGGACUUUGACCCGCACGACCUUGCUGCGAUCAACAUUCAACGCGAGAAGCAGCGCCUAGACAAGGCUGGCUCCUACCCGCCACCGCACGACGAGGCAGCCAUGUCAGAGUCAUCGCCGCCAAUGCCCAGGCCAGCAGAUGAGCCAGCUACGCACGGAGGGGAUGGAUGGAGGGAGGCCAGUGUCGAGAUUGAGAUCCCGACAGGAUCAAAGGAUGGACCAGCCCCUCGGACGCAGCGCUUUGUUGUACCUGGGUUGCGGCACCGGUCACUCAUCGAGAUAGUCAAAUCCGCCUUCGUUGAGCCCAUUGCGCGGCGGUUCCAUCUCUUCCCCUUCCGUCAUUUCUGGAAGUCAUCGCUCACCGGCAAGGUUGAACGCCUCUACGACGAGCUGUACACCAGUGACGCAUGGAUCAAGGCGCACGAUGACCUCCAGAAAGUCCAACGAAGCGACGGGUGUAAGCUUGAGCGCGUCAUAGCCGGCAUGAUGCUCUGGUCCGAUGCAACUCACCUCGCUCAAUUUGGAGAGGCCAAGGCGUGGCCCGUGUAUGUGUUCUUCGGAAACCUCUCCAAGUACGUUCGCUGGCGCACAAGUCCACUCUCCUGUCACCACGUUGCAUACAUCAUCAGGAAAAACGUUUCUUACUUCAGAGGUCUUAAAUAA